AUGAAGAGCCUUCCGCGACUCCUCGGUUUGGUGGUCUUGGCUACACAACUCCAGGCCUCCUUCGCUUCCUUUGCCUCCUUGGACUCCCUCUACAUCGAUGGACACUGCGAUGCCGCGGUGAACGGCGUGUGGGAGCAGUCGACCUCCACGGCGAAUGUGGAAAACGUGACCUUCCAACGGCAGGACCUGCGGCUGUACCGCAGAGAUGACGGCGACUGGGUCCUGGUGGCGCCAAUCGGCACCCUGGGCCGGUCGCUGGAGCCGAGCCCGGUGCCACCGACACCGAGCACGCGGAGCUCCGAGUGGGAGAUAUGGUGUUCCGACGCGUCGAAUGCCAUGAAUGGCACCUUGUUGAUGGCCCGCUUCUCCCAGGAGAUUUACGACAUUUCGACCAAUCUCUGUGGUGAGAGGCUUUCCUUCAGCCGCAUCAGCAGACAUCUAUACUUCGCCGGGAAUGCCUCAGGCUCUGGACAUUUCUUGUUCUUCAACUGUAGCAGAUCUUCCUGGCAUAUCACAACAUCCAGCAUGGGUCUGUUGGAAUUGUCGGGGACGUGCGAACCAUCAUAUCCUAGCCACUCCUGGGCCAUCUGCGAUGGCAGCAUGAUCAAUUUGACGCUACACCAGGAGUUCUACCCCGUCACUGGAUGUGGAUCAGAGUUCUUUCCAGAAGGGCGCACUGCCAAUGGAGCGCCUCUCUACCGUGCGGAUGAUCCGAGUGGUGCGAAUCGUUACAAUCGUUACCUCUACUUCGAUCACUGUGCUUCGGGAACCGCUUCGGGCACCUUCCGGUGGAUUCUCAGUGGCGGAAGCUGUGAGGGCGAGACGGGUGAGACAUCCGCUGCCACCGGGCCUCCCUUGGGAGAUGCCGAUACCUGUGACUUCGCGGCCAAGGACAACAUUCAGUUGCCCCUGGACGUCUACAAACUUUGGACAUUGCCGGGCUUCUCUGAGGCCUUGUCCGAGAAGCAGAAGCUCUGCGACGUCGCACCCACGGCCUUCGUGGGGGAGUUCCAACCGGACUUGGAAUAUCUGAAGGCCAUGGCAGGGCCAGAGACCCUGAUCAGGAGGAUGCUGAUCUACUCCCGAAACCCAGAAGACCUGGAGGAAGUCGCCAAGGAACUGGACGUGACCUUCGUGGUAUCUCAGGGAUGGCCCUUUGCAUUCAUCUUCGUUUGGCUUCCCCUGGCCUUGUCGCUGCUGUGCUCAGCCAUUCCAAGCUGUCACUGCUGUCGUUGCUUCGCCAGGGAGCGUAGGACCAAAUAUCGGAUGAAGGUCCUUCUCUUCAUCAUUUUGACUUUGGUCCUGAUUGGAAUAGCCACCUGCAUUGGCAUUGCUUCAGCUGGCUUGCAGACUCUGGAAGAAGGACAGUUGAUGAGCCAUUGCGCAUCAUCGCAGCUGAUGUCCACCACCUUGGAUGGCGACGGUGUUGACUUCGUUGGCCUCCGACCUCUGCUGCAGCGCCUUGAUGCGGUGCUGCAGGGGCAGGAGAAGGAGGCCUUCCUGUCGCGCACGCAGCGUGUGGUGCGCAGUGCCCAGUUGGCCACGGCCACGCUGCAGCUGCUGUCGUCCACCUUGGACGCCCUGGACGUCGACGUCGCUGCCACGUGGCACCGCUGCGGCUACUGCGAGGAGCUGCGACCCACGGUGCAGGCGGCCCUGGAGAAACUGGAGAACUACCUGGCGAAGUCGCCGGUGGCCACACAACGAGCACUGGAAGGGCGCGACCUCCACAACCGCCUCAGCGCUGCGGCAGCGACCCUCAGCCGGCUGCAGCAGCUGGCGCUGGAGGCGCUGCCGUUUCUCUACGCCGAGAACGGCCUGGGACGCGUCUGGAGCGAAACCUUUGGAAUUCUGGUGGGUUUCAUCUUGCUGCAGACCAUUCUUUUGGUUGUCACCUUCAUCAUGGCGUAUGGCUCGAUGGCAUCCUUUGCACAGGAACCCAGGGAAACCGGCAUUACGGGACAAGGUGAAUAUUUGCGACGAACCUCAGCAUGCUCUUGCUGUUCUUGGUGUUUCUUUUCCGGCUUGGCCGUGAUGAUGUGUGCGAUGGCUGGAUGUAUUGUUGUGGCCUACUCGCAGCUGGGAGGCUUUUGCUUGGAAUUGCACAGUGAUGCAAAGGCGGAUCUCUUUCGUACCACGGGGCUUUCACAACACAUGGCAGACAUGCACGCGUUGGAUGUGUUGGGUAUACUGCAGGUGACCAGCAGUUGUCUUCCAAAGGAAGGUUCUCCUGCCACCGAUGUCUUCGCCCUUCUCCAAGCGUCACCUUCCGGGCCCUCCGUGAGAGAGGUGCUGUCAGAUUUCACGGGCCGGAUGCCAACGGCUUUGCCGGAGAUCAGCGAACUGCGCAGAUACGUCCGGGAUACUCCGGUGGAUGCCCUGCUGCUUCCCAGCGCCGACGCGCAGUCGAACCCGCGCUACCGCGCCAUGCUGACGGACCUGCGGACGCGCAUCGGCUUCAGCAGCUCUGUGGCGUGUGCCGAUUGGACCCUGCCCGGACAGCAGGUGAUCCCAGGAAUGGAGACCUUUUUCGAGUCCUUUCGGUCCAUGGGUGUGGCUUCUGGAUCCUGCAACAGCUCCAACCAGUCGUUGAUCUGUUCAGAGGUGGUGACCACAUCGGGCCAGGCGUGUCGCGCAGCGCAGCGCUUCGUCAAAGCCAAGAACCUCCUCCGGAAGAAGCGCUUCCGAUGCGACCUCUUUGCAGACGCAUCGGAAGUUCCGUGUGAUGUCAAAGACAUGGUGAAAGUGAACGGCGAGUGGCAGCCUUGUGUGCCGCACACGGUGCAUCGGAGGUGCGACCUGGAUGAGUUCAGGACGUAUCUGAUGGAUUUCGAUGUGCGGCUAAGCAACGUCUUCCAAAUGCUCGGAGAGGAAAUGGAGGUUGUGAACUCAUCUGAUUUGACAGAUCUCAGGAUUCUUACCGCACCGAUACCUGGUGGAUGUGAGAACUUUGCAUUGUUUUGGCAGAGAUUCUUGAAUGGACUUUGUUUCGUUUCGCUCCCUGGAUUGCGCACCAUUACCAUGUCCUUCUUGGUUGCCUCUGGUGUGGCCCUUAGUGGAGUGAUUCUGAUGUAUUUCGUGUGGCGUCGGGCCUAUGACAACUUCUCUCGCUCCCAGGAACUCUUCAAAGCUCCCGACAAAGCCCCGGGAUCUGCCACUCCCCGUGCACAGGGCACCGCCCGCACUGGCGGCGCGGAGCGAACGGCAGGGGUCACGUUUUGGAUCAGCGAUGAGGAUGAAAGCUUGAGCGGCACCGUCUUUUUUUGGGCUGCCGAAGGCACCUGCUUCAACUACUCGUCCCAUGCCUCGGGCCAUGCCUCGGGUGCCUCUGCCAUGAGUCGCGUGCCGCGGCCGCCCUCGUCGCCGCGGCGGCCCCGCAACGGCCGCCGCGCGCCGCACGCGCCGCACCCGCUGCACGAGCGCAUCCAGCGCUGCAGCAGCGUGCCGGAGACGGCGGAAGCGAUGUGUUUCCUCUGCGAAAACGACAAAUGGAGAUAUGAACGACCUGAACUGAAAAUCCGAGAAAAGAAAAAAGAUCGCAAGGUCAAAGAAGAAGAGAAUGAGAAAGAUAAUCUCUACUCUUUGAUGUUGGCUUUAUCCAAAGUCUGCAAGCAUCGUGAUGCCGCGGGAGAUCGGAUGCCCAGCUAUGGUGGAGCCGACCUAUGGACUUGGCUCUUGGAACCUCUACGGAGCUUGGUGCCUUGUGAGGAGGUGAAAUUUGUGGUCCGGUGCUUGGGGCCAGUGCCUGCCACCCCGCAGUUACCCUUCUCCCAUGAUGCCGAGGCGCGGCGCCGCGUCACGGCCAUCACCUACGUGGAGAAGUGGCCGCAGCAGCGGAUCGAGGGUCAGGCCGCGUUGAUGCAGCGGAUCCAGGUGCUCCCCUCUCCGGAGGCCGCGCGCCACGACUGGCAGCGCUUCGAGGUGAUCCAGUCGCACUGCGCCUCGCCGGGCGCGGGCCGCGCCGCGCGCCACGUCAAGGCGCGGCCCGGACCGGGGACCGGGGAAGGCCACCGAAAACAUACCGAAAUGCUGGGAAAAGGUGGGAAAACAUUAGGAAAACAAAGGGAAAACCAUGGUUUUUUUUCAAUUAGUUUUGAUUUGAUUUUUUGA